AUGCCGGAGCGGGUGAUGGUGUCCACCGACAUCGGCAACAUCAACUCGGUGGCCAACAGCUACCUGCGCUUCGAGGAGCCCCGGUCGUUCUUCGCGGCCAUGAGCUGGGGCAACUGCGGCUACGCCCUGCCACACCAUCAUCGGCGCCAAGAAGGCCGCCGUGACCGCCCCGCGGUGGCCUACGCCGGCGACGGGGCGUGGGCCAUGAGCAUGGUGGAGACCAUGACCGCGGUGCGCCACAACAUCGCGGUCACCGCGGUGGUGUUCCACAACCGCCAGUGGGGCGCCGAGAAGAAGAACCAGGUGGCCCGGGCCAUGGGCGCCGACGGCGUGCGGGUCAACCAGCUCGAGGACGUGGGCCCGGCGCUGACCGCGGCCAUCGACGCCCAGAUGAACGGCGGGCGCACCACCGUGAUCGAGGCCAUGUGCACCAAGGAGCUAGGCGACCCGAUUCCGCAGGACGCCUGA